CGAGGCAAAGAGCCAGGGGGAAGAUGACUGGUGCAUUUUGGGGUUCGAGGGUGCUGGAGAUUGUGAAGAAGCAUGAUUCUGGAGGCCUCGUAUGGAAGAGAAUAAAGCUCACCUCUACUCGUAAAGCCAAUGCUAAGAAACGUCUUCAUCGAGUCUGGCAGAAUGAAGCUGUCCUAAAGGCAUGUGCCGAAGAACCUCCCUCAACAGCCACUUCUGAUGGUGCUAUUAAAGCUGCUGAAAACAUUAGCAAGGGCAACUAAGUUGAAGGUGGUAUGUUGUUGGAUAACAUGAAGCCAGUCCGUAGGUUGUAUCAUUGAUAUUUUGGAAUUCAAACAUCAAAAUAUAUUUCAGCAUGUUUUUGGUCCAUGGCAGGUUAAUUUAAUAGUAGUUGAGCUCUGGUCUUGAAUUCUACAUAAGAAAAAAGCAUGAGAACAGAUUCAGUGAGGAACAUCCUUGCAUUUUUGCUUGCAGGAGAUGUCCCUUUAUUCUGGAACUUGGGUGAAAAAAGAGUACAUGUGAGUGCCCCCAUUAAAGAUAAUGCCAGUUUCCUUCUGGUUUUGAAUAUGAUCUCAUUGAUGAACA